AUGAAACUCUCUAUUCUUAUCGCUGGUCUCUUCUCUGCUGUCGCUGUCAAGGCUACCAUCUACGAAAUCAACUUUGCCAGCCAUAGCGAUGCUGUUGCAUGUCAAACCAAGGAUAUUCUCUAUAUCAACAAGGUCUCUGAUAGCCACAAAAUCUUUGGUCGCAAGCUCAUCUUGAUUGAUUCCGAUGUCUGUGAUCCUGUUAUUCUCGAGCAAUUUGAUGCUGUUUGCCCUACUCUUGUAUCCAGAAGCUGUUUCUAA